AUGGCGAGUGACUUUGCCAAUCCAUACGUCGUGUCCAUCGAUGAUGAUGUCCUCAAGGAUGUCCAGGCUCGCCUCCAGAAUCGGCGCAAGUUUCAGCGCCAAGCCUGCCCGCCCUGGCAGCAAGGCUGCCGCGAAGAGGAGCUUGAGGAUCUGCUGCGCUUUUGGCGGGAGGAGUACAACUGGCGUGCUCAGGAGGAGUUUCUCAACUCCUUUUCUCACUUUCGUGGCGCUUUAUUGCGUCCCGACGUUGAUGAAACCCUGAACAUACACUUUAUCCACGAGCGCUCAACCCACACCGAGGCUCAACCCUUGCUGCUUUUGCACGGUUGGCCGGGCAGCGUGGUUGAAUUUCUCAACCUCAUCCCGAAGCUGAUCAACAACAAGGCGGAGAGCUUUCACGUUGUGAUCCCUAGCUUACCCGGCUAUGGAUUCAGUGAUACGCCGCGCGAGGAGGGCCUCAACGCCGAGGUUGUGGCGGACAUGAUGGACGAUCUCAUGGCCAAGCUUGGCUAUGAUCAGUACUUUGUCCAAGGCGGUGAUUGGGGCGGCAUCGUCGGGCGGGCCAUCGGGGUACGCCACCCGGAGCAUUGCAAAGCCUUGCACAUCAAUUUCUGCACGGCCGUGGCCCCGCCACUCAACAGUCCACGCAACCUGUGGACAAUACUCCGCUACUUUGGCACUUUGAUCCUGACCCCCCUUCUGCUCUCCCGAAACGAUGCUGACAAAUUGGCGGCGACGCGCGCUUUUGCCAAAGCAGAGACGGCUUACCAGAUGAUUCAGGCAACCAAACCCGAGUCCCUCGGCGUGGCGCUCUCUGACUCGCCUGCCGGGUUGGCCGCCUGGUUUUUGGAAAAGUUUUAUACGUACGCUUCAAUGCCCAUAUGCCUCGAUUGUGACGGCGACGUGUUUGCCACGUUUGACAAAACCACCCUCAUAACCAACAUCAUGCUCUAUUGGAUCAACAACAACAUCACUGGUGCCAUGCGCCUAUACUACGAAAGCUUGGGCGUGGCCUCAGGCAAAAGCCUCAAGCUUGCCAAAGAUUACUGCCGCGUGCCUACGGCUGUGGCUGAUUUCCCAAAAGAAAUUAUUCGAGUGCCCCGGGCAGCUGCCCAGCUGACCUUUAACAUUGUACAAUGGCACGAAUUCAAGGCCGGGGGACAUUUCGCCGCCCUUGAGCAACCAGAUGUAAGCUUGCUGCCUCUUGAACAGUUCACUCGCUAG